GCCCCGCCGGUGCCGAUGGACCUGGACGUGGACUACGAGCGCCCCAACGUCGAGACCAUCAAGUGCGUGGUGGUGGGUGACAACGCGGUGGGGAAGACGCGGCUGAUCUGCGCCCGCGCCUGCAACGCCACGCUCAGCCAGUACCAGCUGCUGGCCACGCACGUCCCCACCGUCUGGGCCAUCGACCAGUACCGCGUCUGCCAGGAGGUGCUGGAGCGCUCCCGGGAUGUGGUGGACGAGGUCAGCGUCUCCCUGCGCCUCUGGGACACCUUCGGGGACCACCACAAGGACCGGCGCUUCGCCUAUGGCAGGUCGGACGUGGUCGUGCUCUGCUUCUCGCUGGCAAACCCCAACUCCCUGCGGCACGUGAAGACGAUGUGGUACCCCGAGAUCAAGCACUUCUGCCCCCGGACGCCCAUCGUGCUGGUGGGGUGCCAGCUGGACCUGCGCUACGCCGACCUGGAGGCCGUCAACCGGGCCCGCCGCCCCUUGGCCAAGCCCAUCAAGCCCACGGACAUCCUGCCCCCGGAGCGGGGCCACGAGGUGGCCAAGGAGCUGGGGGUGCCCUACUACGAGACCAGCGUGGUGGCCCAGUUCGGCAUCAAGGACGUCUUCGACAACGCCAUCCGGGCCGCCCUCAUCUCCCGCCGGCACCUCCAGUUCUGGAAGUCCCACCUGAAGAAGAUGCAGCGGCCGCUGCUGCAGGCCCCCUUCCUGCCCCCCAAGCCCCCGCCACCCGUCAUCCAGGUCCCCGACCCGCCGGCCAGCCGCAGCUGGGGCCCCGCCGCCCUCUUCUGCACCCCGCUCUGCGCCGACGUCGUCUUCCAGCUGCAGGGCGGCCAGCGGGUCUUCGCCCACCGCGUCUACCUGGCCACCUCCUGCUCCAAGUUCUACGACCUCUUCACCCUGGAGGGGCCGCGGGGGGGGGCCAAGGAGCCAGCCGCCCGCACCAAGAGCCUGGACGGGGAGCGGGGGGCCCUGGCCGAGGGGGCACGCGCCCCGCUGCGGACUUCGCAGAGCGACGACACCCUGCGGCCGGCGGCGGGGGACGGGGCGGCGGCCGGCGGCGGCCACGACCUGUCGGCUUGGGGCCGCGGCUUCGUCAGCAUGCGCUGGGAGCUGGUGGCGGACCCGGUGGCGGGGCGGGAGAAGCGGAUGGCGGUGGUGUGCAUGGACCGGCGGGUGCAGGCGGAGCCCUUCCGCGCCGUGCUGGAGUACCUCUACACCGGGCGGCUGGACCAGGCCCGCGGGGACCUGAUGCAGGUGGCCACCAUCGCCGAGCUGCUGGAGGUCUUCGACCUGCGCAUGAUGGUGGCCAACGUGCUCAACAAGGAGAGCUUCAUGAACCAGGAGAUCACCAAGGCCUUCCACGUCCGCCGCGCCAACCGCAUCAAGGAGUGCCUGGGGAAGGGGGUCUUUGCAGACGUGGUUUUCCGCGUGGACGACGGGGCCGUGCCGGCACACAAGCCCCUGCUCAUCGCUGGCUGCGACUGGAUGAUGGCCAUGUUCCGGGGGGCUUUCCGGGAGAGCUACGCUGCCGAGGUCUCCCUGCCCGGCACCAACUGCGCCUGCCUGCGCGCCGUCCUCGACUUCCUCUACACCGGCGUCUUCACCCCCACGCCCGACCUGGACGCGAUGGAGCUCCUCAUCCUCACCAACCGCCUCUGCCUGCCCCGGCUGCAGGCGCUCACAGAGCAAUACGCCGUGGACGAGCUGCUGCGAGCCUUCAUGCAGCGGGUGGAGAUCGACGAGCAGGUCAUCAUCUACCUGGAGAUGACGCAGUUCCACAACGCCCGGCAGCUGGCCGCCUGGUGCCUGCACUACAUCUGCACCAACUACAACAGCGUCUGCCGCCGCUUCCCCCGGGAGAUGAAGUUCAUGUCCCCAGAGAACCAGGCGCACUUCGAGCGGCACCGCUGGCCGCCGGUCUGGUACCUGAAGGAGGAGGACCUGUACCUGCGCUCCAAGAAGGAGCGGGAGCGGGAGGAGCAGCUGCAGCGCAAGCAGCACACCCGCAGCAAGUGGUGCUUCUGGCGGCCCUCGCCCCACGUCUCCUGAGCCGGGGGGCACG